AUGCACCCCUUCGGGCCGCCCGCGCCGCCGCCGCCGCUCGCCCGGGACCUGCUGGAUGCCGCGGGAUGCUCCGCUCCCUUCCCGGCGCCCCGGCCCCCCGCGCAUCCCGCCGCCAGCCCGUCCCUGUGGCCGGGCGGCCCCUGCUCCCCGUGCCCGCCCGCCGGGGCGGUGCUGCCGCCGGGCCCCGCGGGCGCGGGCCGGGGGUGGCCGGGGAUGUCCCCGCUGUCCCCGCUGUCCCCGCUGUCCCCGGCCCGGCCGCCCUACUCGUACUCGGCGCUGAUCGCCAUGGCCCUGCACAGCGCGCCUGGCCGCCGCCGCACCCUCAGCCAGAUCUACCAGUUCGUGGCGGAGAACUUCCCCUUCUACCGGCGCGGCAGGGCCGGCUGGCAGAACUCCAUCCGACACAACCUCUCCCUCAACGACUGCUUCAGGAAGGUGCCGCGGGACCAGGACGACCCGGGCAAAGGCAACUACUGGACCCUCGACCCCAACUGCGAGAAGAUGUUCGAUAACGGGAAUUUCAGGAGGAGGAGGAGGCGGCGGGCGGAGGGGGCCGGAGCGGCGGAGGCGGCCGGGGGCGGCGGCGGGGGCGCGGGGGUGGCGUGUCCCCCUGGCCCCGAUGCCACCCUGUAUGGCCGCGCCGGGGGCCAGCCCUGACUGGAGCCCCCCGGGCGCACCCAGGUACACUGAGGCACGAGAGAGGAGUACUUUUGUAACGUUUAAAUUGAGUAGGAUUCUAUCAGAGGGGUCAAGCUGCCUUUGGACUGUGAUAUUCAUUCUCCAAGGCAUGGGCACACACUUUUACACAGGAAGAGCCAGAGGAGCCUUUCCAAAACACAGUGAAGACACUGAACCUCAGAGCUGGGCAAGAAAUGAUUUCACUCAACCCACAUUUUCUUCUGCUUCAGGAUACGAAGUUCCAGAUGCAACUUUAUGAGCCGAGCUCUGUAUUUUCACCUUGAGACUGUUUCUCCCGGGACAAUAUCCCAUUGCAGGACCCUGGAAAUGCAGGAAAACACAAAAAAUGAGAACCCCAGGAGGCUGCAGGUGCUUCAAGCUUUCCCAGAACAGCCUUUCUUAGCUCACCUGGGUCCUGCUUUGGGGAAAUCCAUGGACAGCUCAGUGAAAGGAUCCCAUUCCAUUGCCAGAACCUUUCUUCAGAGACUGUUGGUGAUGAUUCAAUGUGUACAUGGAGGCCAUCAUUUGUAUUUCUUUGUGCUCCUGUUGUUCUCUAAUUCUAUUUUUGUGAGUUGGAAAAAAAAGGAGAUUUUUUUAAAUAAAUCAGUCAAAUGGAGCAGGGAAGUUGUAAUCCCUGUAAGAAAAAACAUGGCUUGAGGGAAGAACUGCAUCAGGUAAUGAGGCUCUGGGCUAAUUGGGCAGUGAAGGCUUUAGUGGAAAAGGGUGAUGGGAUGCUGGGAUGGGUGGGAUCUGUGGUCCAGCCUUGCUUAGGCCAAAUUCCCAUGGAAGCCCAGAAACAGCCUCAUUGGGGUGGGUUCCUCAGGAGGGUGAGAACAAGGAGCCAACUCAAGAGCUCAGAUGAGGCUCCAAGGAAACCUGUCCACACUGGAAAUGCAGAAGGGCUGAAGAGCUGGGCCUUUUCACUUGGGGAGUUAAAUCAGAUGUAAAAAAUGAAGCGUCCCUAAGUGUGCAAUGCCCCAGCAGUCUGUGGCACACACCCCUGCUGCCACCCACACCCUGGAUGACUUGCCACUGUUAUUCCACAUCUAUGUGAGCUCAAGAAGUCAAACAUGAGUAAGAGCACAGGAUGCUCUUGCAGUUAGAUGUAAUUUCUGAUAUCUCCUGAUCUUAGAUACAUUAGAAAUCCAAUGGAGAGAUCCUUGGGGAUCCAGGGCCAGGAGUUGGACUCGAUGAUCCUGAUGGGUCCCUUCCAUCUCAGCAUAGUCUCUGAUUCUAUCCUAUAACUCUUGCUGGAGUUUAGAACAUAUUGGUGCCUCCUGUGGUGUCAACUCUGCAGGGAUGGGUGUAGCAUCAAGGAAACAGCAUCUUUUCUCCAUUUCCCCCACAAUAAACUGUAAGCAGGGUUGAAAAGGCUUCACUAGUUGAGGGACUACCCAAAGAGACCAAUAAAUUGUGUUCAUGGUUCAUUUCA